UUUCCACUUCCCUCCGACGGUCACCUUCACUUCUCUUUACUGAUAUGUCGGUGGCUUCCACAACAUGAAAGGAACCUAAGUCAGAAGAAUGAAAUUUCAUACGUCUAGGCAAUCACAAUCACCACACGUUUCCAUCCGAACAACCAUCUUUACACGUUCAGGACAAAGGGAAGGGUGGAAAGAUGCGGAAUCACUGGGUAGCGACGGCAUUCAGUCCAAGAUAGCGGGACAUUGACGGCUUGAAAGGCACGAGCUGCCCUCAGCAGAGUAGUUAUUCAAAAGGACCCUACAUUUACAUUUUUGUGUUUCGACUCUCGGCAUUUGACAUCGACCCUACAGUUGCGACCUGACAAUGCGUCCACUCAUCAAAGCACCCAAAAUCUCCAUAAAUACUCCACUCGAACCUUCCCGUUUUCAACACCACUCCCCCAUUUUUCCACUCCAUCUUUUGUGUUCUCCAUGCCCAGCUCUAGUUCCAAUUCGUCCACUGACAGCACAGCCUUUUCAAACACCACGUCUCCGGCAGACGUUGGUGCGGGCGCCACUGCCACUGCUGAAGCCUCCGUUGGGUUGGCUAACUCGAAACUUUCACAGCGACGUCGUCAAAUGCUCGAAUUAACCAACAGGCUCCUUAACACUGGGGUACAAAUCGACAUUGAUAUACCUCGCAUUGCCGUCAUAGGCAACCAAAGCGCUGGGAAGUCUUCAUUGAUUGAAGCCAUCUCUGGUAUCACUCUUCCGAGAGCAUCUGGGACCUGUACUCGUUGCCCCAUCGAAUGCCGCCUCAUGAACUCCAAAGCACGCUGGAAGUGUAUAGUCUCACUUCGCACUCUCUACGACCCCCAGACUGGUCAACUCCUGGGUCAAGCAAAGAACGAAGUUUUCGGAGAGCCCAUCUACAACAAAUUCAAAGUCGAAGAGCGUAUCCGCAAAGCUCAAAUCGCCAUCUUGAACCCAAUGAUCGACCGCGCGAAGAUUCUAGUGGCGGAGGACGUUGGUGGUAAUACUGUGAGCAGCAAGCCAUUUUCGGCUAACUGUGUCGCUCUGGAGAUUAGCGGCCCUGAUGUGGCUGAUUUAUCGUUUUGUGAUCUUCCUGGGCUCAUUCGAUCAACUCGCGAUGGAAAUUCAAGGGACAUCGAAUUAGUAGAACGAAUGGUUGAAUCCUAUGUCAAGAAACCAAGUUGUAUCAUUCUACUCACUGUUUCAUGCGAAACCGACCACAUGAACCAAGGGGCUCUGCAUCUCGCCAAGAAGUUUGACCCCACAGGCGAACGUACAGUGGGUGUCCUCACCAAACCUGACAGAAUCGACUUCGGAGACGAAGAUUCAUGGCUUGGUUUCAUUCGCGGCGAAGAACAGCCUUUGCGUAAUCACUGGUUCUGUGUGAAGCAGCCGAGCACCUCAGAGCUGCAGAAAUGCGUAACGUGGUCUGAAGCCCGGCAACGUGAGGACGACUUUUUCUCGAUGACACCACCCUGGAGCGACCUAGAGCCGAUGUAUCAAAAGUACCUCCGAACAUCCAAUCUCGUUGAGCGUCUAAGUGUUAUCCUUUCCGAUCUCAUUUCUCAACGCCUUCCCGAAAUUCGCCGAGAACUAAAAGUCGGGAUUCAGAAGGCCACAGUUGCCCUCGGUCAACUUCCCAGACCCCCCUCAAAUGAUCCGCUUAACGAAAUCUCUUCAAUGUUGUUUUCAUUCAAGUCGGAUGUCGAGAAGUAUGUGGAGGGAGUACCAGAUAGGACUGGUUUACAUCAAACAAUUCGGCCAUAUCAAGAGGCGUUUAGGAAGAAGAUUAGAAAAACUGCUCCCAACUUCAAACCAUAUGAGCGUCGCCAGGGUCCCCGUGUCGUGCCUCGAGCAACGUUUCUUGACCACGAGGAAGAUGAGGAAAAGGUGUUUGAUGAUGAGAAGGAAGAGGAGGUUGCCAUCAAUGCUGAAGAUGAGAAUGAAUCCAUAUACAUUGAAGAGGUGUUACAGAGGGCGAACGAUUCCCGUACACGAGAACUCCCAGGAAACCACCCAUACAUUGUCGAAGAAUCUUUUGUAUCCGAAAUCACCGAACGAUGGACUGAACCUGCCCAGGAAUUUUGCCAGGAGGUGUAUGACACAAUAAUCGAACAGGUGGCCAAUGUUGUCAAGAAGCAUUUCAAGGAUUUCGGCCAAGGACAUCUGGAGCGUCAAGUCAGCGACAUCGUUCAAGACCACCUCCGCCAACAAUACGAACAAACCCGUGAUCGACUAGACUGGCUAGUCAAAUUAGAACAUCGUCCCUUGAGCUCCAAUACGCAGUAUUUCAACGACUACAGGGAUAAGUUCUUCGCGUUUUACAAGCAACUCCGUCAAGAGGACAAGGACCCCGUCAUGAUGAAGCGGUGUUCUUCCAAGACCCCUCCCGCGUUCAGUUUUGCCAACAACGAUUCGGCGUACAUGCACAACGCGCUGGCAGCUCUUGCUCAGCUGGGGUUUAACUCCCUUACUCCUACCGACAUACAGAAGCUGUUACCGGGGGACGAGAUGGAGCCUGCCCUGAAGAUUAUGGCAGAGGUCCGGGCUUAUUUCCAAGUUGCUUACAAGCGGUUCGCUGACAACGUCCUACUCGUCGUUGACUAUGAGCUCGUUUUGGGUCUGGAGAGGAAUAUUUUGCAGGUGUUGCUUGAGAAACUUCGGAUCCACACUGCAGAUGGGCCUGAGAUUUGUCGAGAGUUCGCGCAGGAGAGUUUGGUGGUUGCUGAUGCUCGUGAGGAGCUUUCUACGAGGCUCGAGAGGUUGAGAAGUGCUAGCCGGGAGUUGUCGAAGAUGUAGUUUUUGUUUUGUACGUGACGUGACGUUGCUUUGCUUGCUCUCGAUGUUUUUCAGACAAACUAUGUAUGACUGUUAGUUCAAUAACGACGGUCGAUCUGAGCUUCGU